GCUCCGAGGUGGCCCUUAAGAUGAUCCGCAACAAUGACACGAUGCGGAAGGCGGCGCAGAAGGAGGUGGCGCUCUUGAAAGAGCUCGCAGAGCACGACCCCUUGAACAAGAAGCACUGCAUCCGAUUGCUCUGCAGCCUGGAGCACAAGCAGCAUGUGGUGAUGGUGUUCGAGUCUAUGCAGAUGAAUCUCAGGGAGACCCUCAAGAAGUUUGGACGAAAAACGGGCAUCAAUAUCCACGCGGUCCAGAAGUACGGCAAGCAACUAUUGGCGGCGCUGAAGCACAUGGCCUCCCGCAACCUGGUGCACGCUGACAUCAAGCCCGACAACAUCCUCGUCGAUCAGGGCUUCGGCUCGCUCAAGCUGGCUGAUUUCGGGUCGGCGUUCCGUAUUACCGACCCGGACAACGACCCGACGCCUUACCUCGUGAGUCGCUGGUACCGCGCUCCGGAGAUCGUGAUGGGGCUGGAGUACGACAAGGCCAUCGACCUGUGGUCCGUGGCUGUGACGUUGUUCGAGCUGUACAAGGGCUCUCCGGUUCUUCCCGGGGUCAAUAACAACGAGAUGUUGAAACGGAUGAUGGAGUUCAAGGGCCCCGUGCCGACACGCAUGGUCAAGAGCCACAUGCGGGCAUUCGAGACGAUGGGAGGCAUUCGCCCGCACUUCACGGAGGGGGGACAGUUCAUGCAGCAGGAACCGGAUCCGGGCAAACGACGGUCCGGCUGGUGACCGUAACAGCCCCGUCCCGACCCAUCAAGAGCGACAUCAUGCGCAGCAAGGGUGCCCAAGACAAGAAGGAAACCGUCGCAGACCUGGCAGACUUUCUCGACAAGUGCAUGGCUCUCGACCCGAAGCAGAGGAUGUCCUUGGGACAGUGCUCCUCCCACAGCUUCUUACGCCGUGCAUAACAAGAUCGGCUGUGAUGGAAACGGCAGUCUACGCGUGUGCGGCGUCAGCUCGCCGAUUGGCCAUGGUGUUGGUAAUGAGGCGCACCGUGGUUGGUCAAUGCAGUAUAUGUGCCGCGUGAGUGCGUCACUUGGUGUCUGGUCGAUGCAUGCAAUCAUACAUGGCAAACUUAAAGAGUCUUCUUCGAUUCGAUACGGUUGCGGUUUGUGUAGGCUUUGCCGAGUGCGGGCUCUGACAAAGAGUUUCCUGCGCCAAGCAUGAAGAAUCACGAUUGGUCGAUGAAACUGAAGGAGAAUCGACAUGUAUGCGUAGAAUAUUGCUGGUUUAUAAGUGUUCCCAAGCGGGUCGACGCUUUUGUUGUUCGCGAAUGCAGGAUAAGUAUUUCGUGACCAGUUUGCCGUGCCCUGGUGCCGAACCUCAUCCUAACGGUGUAACAUAACGGAUUGAUGGAUUACACGUGGAGAACAUAACAACGAACAGAACGCCACCUGCUAUCCGCCGUGGUGUACUUUUACGGCGUUUCGGCGAUUAACUGAUUGAAUUAC